UUAUGUUUAAAAAUUUUUAAUGUUUACUCCGAAAUAGCUGUGAGUAAUAGAUGAGUCUUUUGUUCCAUUAAAACCCAACAAAAUAUCUCUUAUCUGGUGCGAUAACAAACGAUAAGAUAGCAAUGUAUCAGGUGCGUAUCAUCAUUUCACAAAUUGUUCCAAUUAACAAGGUUGAUACAACCUUAAAAUGGCGUUUAAAAAAUCGUUGUUAUUUUAUAUUGCAAUAAUUGCUCUGGUAUUUGCAAUUUUACAACCGGAAGUCGUUGAAGCGAGAAGGAAAGUUUUAAGAGGAAGGCGAACAGUUACAAGAAGUUAUUAUAGACCGCUUCCAAUACCUGCUUGGGCGAUUGUAGGAUUAGUCGGAUUAGGGCAAUUAAUUAUUGGUGUAAUAGCAUUUUUCAUCAUGAAGAAAACUAUUAUUGAUCCACCUCUUUCUGGUUCAUACACGCCUGCUGCCACGGCGUAAUAAACUUCUUUAGUAUUUAAGUAUGUGUUAGGUUUAAUUAAUGUAUGUUUCUCUAACAUUCCUUCUUUUAUAUUUAUCAUAAUUUUGUAAAAAUGUUUAUUCCUAAAAUCACAUCAUUUAAAUAAAACCAUUAUGUGUUGUAUUAUCUUGAAUAAAAACAAAUUAAUUUUGCUC